CAUUUAUCAUUUACCUGUAAGAUGAAAUUUUAAUAGACAAUAUCAAAUAUAGAGGGACUUUUAUUAACUACUCCAUUUUCUCUACCAAUAUUUUCUUCAUACUUUCCUGAAAAUCAUGGAUUAUGAAGAACAUUCAUCUAAUUCCCAAGUUCCUAUUAUCAAUUUCAGUGAUGAAAAUUUGAAACCUGGCACUGAAAACUGGGAUUCUGCAAGCCAAGUAAUAAAGGGAGCACUAGAGGACCAUGGUUGUUUCUAUGCACUAUCUUAUAAAGUUCCUAUGGAACUUAACAACAAAGUUUUUGGUCUAAUGGAAGAACUAUUUGAUCUUCCAUUGGAAACAAAGAUGCAAAAGAUUAGUGACAAGCCUUACCAUGGUUAUUAUGGGCCACAUCCUAGUGUUCCUCUAUAUGAAUCAUUAGGGAUCCCUGACCCUUUAACUAUGGAAAAUGUUCAACACUUCACUAGGGUUAUGUGGCCACAAGGAUAUCAUCAUUUCAGCGAGAGUCUUAAUAUAUAUGCAAAAUUGGUGGUAGAAUUGGACCAUAUUGCUAAAAGAAUGGUGUGUGAUGGGUAUGGUCUAGAAGAAAGGCACUAUCAUGACCUAAUUGAAUCAACAAGUUAUUUGCUUCGGAGCUUUAGAUAUGCACUUCCAAAGAAGGAUGAGAGUAAUUUGGGAUUGAUGCCUCACAAGGACACUUCUUUCUUCACCAUAUUGCACCAAAAUAAUGUAACUGGAUUACAGGUUAAAUUGAAAAAUGGAGAGUGGUUUGAUAUUGAUCCUUCACCCUUCAUGUUUCUCAUUCUUGCUGGGGAAUCAUUUCAG